AUGGGUAACCUACCUGCAGCCAGGGUCACGGAAUCUCGGCCAUUCACCAAUGUGGGAGUUGAUUACUGCGGACCCUUCUUCAUAAAAGAAAGAAAACAUAGAAACCUCAAUCGGGUUAAGGUUUAUGUUGCAGUUUUCGUCUGCCUCGCCGUAAAGGCGGUCCAUUUGGAGCUCGUCAGCGAAUUAACAACUGAGGCUUUCUUGGCGGCCCUCAGACGGUUUAUCGCUAGAAGAGGAUUUUGUACGGACCUGUAUUCGGACAACGGUUCCAACUUCGUCGGGGCAAACAACGAGUUACGUGAACUGCGCUCACUACUACAAUCUGACGAUCAUCGCGAGAAGGUCACCACCUUUCUCGCAGAACGCGCAAUCAACUGGAACUUCAUCCCUCCAUUGACACCUCACUUUGGAGGAUUGUGGGAAGCUGCGGUGAAGUCAUUCAAAUAUCAUUUGAAGCGCGUCGCAGGAACCGAAUUGUUCACCUUUGAAAACUUCAACACCCUAAUUAUUGAAAUUGAAUCCAUAUUGAACUCUCGUCCACUCACUCCAAUUUCAUCAGAUCCAAAUGACCUCCUGGUUCUCACACCUGCUCAUUUCUUGAUCGGUGACUCUUUGACCAGUUUGCGGGAGAGAAAUUUCAGAGACACUCCAUCGAACCGCCUGUCCAGUUGGCAACACGUCCAGAAGGUGAAGCAACACUUCUGGACCAGAUGGCACCGAGAGUGUCUCAACGAGUUGACCACCCGCAGCAAAUGGACAACAGGAGGCCACGCAAUAAGGGAAGGUACCAUCGUGCUGCUCAGGGAGGACAACAUUCCCUCUCUGCACUGGCCACUGGGCCGAGUCGUCAAGGUCCAUUCCGGUUCCGACGGCAUCAUUCGAGCCGCCACCAUAAAAACGGCCAAGGGUACGCUAGAUCGAAGCGUAAAACGACUCGUUCCCUUGCCCGUCCAGACAGACCAGGAUGAGCAGAUUAUGGACUCUCAUUAA